GCAGGUGGUUCAUUUUCUCAUCGACCCACCAAGUGAAGCCAAGCCAAGCCAAGCCAAGCCAACCAGUCUCAAGCCAGUAAGUACCCUCAGGCACUCAAGUCUCUCAAGCCGCCACCACCGCCAAGAUGAGCCUUUCCCUGUACCGCGAUCCCUUCUUCGACAGCUGGGACAUGUUCCCUUUCCGUGGCGAGGAGCAGAAGCGCUUCAACAUGCUCGGCUCCUGCGACAUUGUGGAGAGCAAGGACGCCCACAUCUUCACCAUGGACACGCCCGGCAUGUCCAAGGACGACGUCAAGAUUGAGGUGGAGAACGACGUCCUCACCGUCUCCGGCGAGCGCAAGAGCAAGCACGAGGAGAAGGACGACAAGGUGCACCGCGUGGAGCGCCACUACGGCUCCUUCAAGCGCAGCUUCGGCCUCCCGGAGGGCGUCGACGCCAGCAAGGUCAAGGCCAAGUUCGACAACGGCCAGCUGCGCAUCGAGGUGCCCAAGCCACCCCAGAGCGCCAAGAAGGCCAAGACCCAGGUCGCCAUCUCCAACUAAGGCUCAAUUCUGCCACCGCCGAUGAAGAAAUCCGGCACUGUUGUUAUUUGGCUGCGAGGCAGCUUGCCUGCAUGCACGCACGUUCGUUCGUUCGAGCGCGUCUGUUUUCCGCGUGUCCAGUGAGCUACUGAGGUUCGCACGCGCGUCUGUUACCUUGCCUCUCCUUCACGUCUAGACGUCUGAAGAGCAUCCUCUUCCCUUGACCCUGAGGACAAUAUGUACUCCUGUAACUGUGCUUGUUCUUCUCCUCCACUGAUGUGUGCGUGUGAGUGUUCCUGCCUGUUCUUUCCCUUGUCGUUGUCGUGGUUUCGAUCGCUCGUCUAACGGCAAGGGCCGAAGGACAAUGUCAUUAAACGUCCAACUACAUGAAGCUUGAUGUAAACAAGGAAGAAAGCAG